AUGCCGCCGCCGCCGCCGCCGUCAAUGGAUGAGCUGCGUCGGCCGCCCGAGUUCGACCACAUGUUCACGGACGAGGCGUGGGCCAGCAUGACCCAGGACACGCGGCGCCGGAUCGUCGACAUCUCGUGCCGGGUGGUAGAGGAGCCCACCCAAGAGGAACGCCGCAUGCAUCAACUCAUCGCCGGCGCCGGCGGGCCCUGCAGCGUCUUCACCGAUGCGGCUGCCGUCGCUGAGGUACUGGAUUUCGCGGACAGACAUCACCGGGAGGCGGAGCGAGAGGACUGGGAGGCGGUGCUGCAAGGGCGGCAUUACGCCGACGAAUGCGCAGAUGACGAUGAGGACGGCAAGACCAUGACGAAGACGCCGAUGGCGCAGACCGUCGACACCCGGCCGCCGAACCAAACAUUGUCCAGGGAUAUACAGAAAUCAAAGGCUUUUCUAUGGACUAGAUACCACCAGCUACACCUCCUACACCGACCCUCACCAGCUCGGCCGGGUCCGAUGAGAUACGCUUCGUGUGAAUUUGGUGGUGAUGACAGAUGCCCACACAAUCCUGUCCCUAUGCUACAGUUCCUCAAUGUUAUGGUCGAGCUGUAUACGAAAUCUUACUGUUUCGUCAAGUUUUUGCGUGAGAAUAUGGUACAAUCGAAUAAUAUCGAGGUCUAUGGCGUGAUCGCAGUAAGGGAUCACCUGGAUUUCUCGUGCAACUACAUUUUCCAUUGCUCUAGAGAGAAUGCACAAGCAGUUGACCCAAAAGGUGGCUAUUUAUGCCUGAGGAAUCCUGCAAGAGGAAUACUCGCAGCAUCCUGCUUGAUCGAAAUUGAUAUAAAGGCCAAGGCCAAGGUGGCUGCUGAAGACUUGACUAUUGUCUCCGGUUGCCUGAAAGCAUCUGAACAGUUUGACCCGUGGAGACUGAACCAUGUCGAUGAUAUCAACGGCAAGAUUACACUGGAAACAUGUGUUGUUCCUAGAGGCAUGGAGGCUACUAUAGACCUGGAUUUUGUGGAGGUGCCUGCAGAUGGCUUUCUUGUGCGCAUGCGUGGCAACACUGUCCUUUCCCAAGGCUCCUACUCCUUCAUCGAUGAGCACUGCCGUGACACAGUUGGUUUUAUACCAUCCAGCGGGAAGCACAUUCAAAAGUUCGUUGCAGCCGUGAAUCUAGGCGACACACUGCGUAUAGACUUCAUGGAGGAGGGCCAAGACGCGCUUUCGUUUGUGGCGUCCAAGCAUGGCGAAGAGGAGCAGAUGUAUCGGUUUAGCAAUGGAGCGUUGGUCUCGGUGCGAGUUGUGUGGUCAACUAUAUUAAGUGUAGACGACUAUGAAGAAUGA